CACCACUUGUGUGCAUCCCAACUGCCCUGAGGUCCUCCCACGUCGUGUGUUGUGACGCCGUGUCGUGACCACUUCUUGUUUUCCUUGCUACUGUUGCUGCUACGAUCGCCUAGCCAUGAUUUGGCCCUAACGAUGCUAUGCUCCUUGGGUCGGGUCAGGCUCCAGAUACCACUGCUACUCCUCUCCACCCCUCGUCUACCACCAACCCUGAGCUCGAGCUCUCUACCCUUCCAUCGUCCUCUUCUCCUUCCCAUGCACAGCAAGAUGCUGCCGCGUCUGCUGAAUUGGGGCUCCAAUCUGAGUCGGGUACUCCUCUCCAACCUCGCCGCGCCCACGAGCCCGUUGACUUCUCCUCGGUGACACAAACCACCCCCCCUCCGAUUCAGAGGCCCCGUGGACUACUCUCCCGUGCUUGGAAAGCCAUCAUGUCCCGCGGGUUGCUUCUAAUACGCUCUUCCCCGGCCCUCGGCACCGGUUCCUAUGGCACUGUCCCUUUGGUGAAUAACAGGGUGGAUUCGGACCUGGAAUCUGAGGACGAGGAGGAUUCGCACCAUCAGAGGGUCUCGAGAAAGCGGCGUGGGAAAAGAGUUCAGUCUGCCCAUGAUCUCCGGGAUGAUCAUGGCAACUUCUCAGAUGCGCGACUGAUCUACCAACAACGACGCAGCUCAGAAUGGGCGCAUCGGAGGUCUUCCUCUGUUGGUAGUGAAGUCGGGAUGGGCUUGGAUGCCAAAACAUCCUUCGCCUGUAACUCUGCGAUUGCUCAGGGCAAGGCAGAAUCUUCCAACUCGAGUGCCACUACUGCAAGUCUAUCAGACAUUGACCAAGAAUACAUCCCCUCUGCAGAAGAUCCACCCGACAACUCUCCAUACCCAGAGGUUCGAGCUUCGGUGCCGGCCACCGACAACACUGCUUUGUCUAUAAACACUCCACGAAUGUGGGCUCUGUCGCUGUUAUUUGCAAUAGGCGGCUCAGCUACCAAUCUUUUUUUCUCAUUGAGAUACCCGAGUGUCGCCAUCACUCCCGUUAUUGCUCUGGUACUGGUUCAUCCGAUGGGAAAGCUUUGGGAUUACCUUCUCAAGCGAACCGACGACCAGCAACAGUUCUUUGUAAAUGGCUCACUCCAGAAGGAUGACCUUCCAAUGUCGCAAACGCGACUUCAACGACUGCGGUUAUGGUUGGCGCAAGGCCGCUGGAAUGAAAAGGAACACGCUUGCGUGUACAUUAGCAGCAACGUCUCCUUCGGAUUUGCCUUUGCUACCGAUGUCAUUGUCGAGCAGCACAAGUUCUACAAGCAGGAUGUUCCCAUUCUGUAUCAACUCCUAUUAACCAUCUCAACCCAAAUCCUUGGGUAUGCGUUCGCGGGACUGACCAGAAGGUACCUUGUCCGGCCGGCUGCGAUGAUCUGGCCCGGCACUCUUAUGUCGACAGCCAUGUUCACUACAAUGCACAAGGACGAAAACAAGCCCGCCAAUGGAUGGACGAUUUCGAGAUACAAAUUCUUCAUAUACGUCUGGGCUGCAGCGUUUGUGUGGUAUUUCUUCCCGGGACUACUGAUGCCGGCACUGAGUUACUUCAACGUCAUUACAUGGUUCGCACCAAAGAAUGUGGUGGUUUCAAACCUGUUUGGGGUCGCUUCGGGACUGGGGCUCUUCCCUAUGACCUUCGAUUGGGCGCAAAUUGCCUACAUUGGUUCGCCGUUGCUGACUCCAUGGUGGGCUGCUGCGAACGUCGUUGGCGGACUCAUUCUUGUCAUGUGGAUUAUCGCCCCGAUACUCUACUACCGCAAUGUCCUGUUCUCGGGAUAUUUGCCGAUACUAUCAUCAGCCGUUUUCGACAAUACGGGGAAACCCUACGAUGUGAGCAAAAUCCUCACCCCCAACUUCGUCUUCGAUAAACAAGCGUAUGACAACUACUCCAAAGUAUACCUUCCCAUCACAUAUGUGCUCUCUUAUGGAGUUCAAUUCGCCGCUCUGUCGGCUUUGCUUACCCAUACAACCUGCUGGCAUGGCCGCGACAUAUGGCGACAAUCCCAACAAGCCUUCCACGAGAGACAGGAAAAGAGCAGUGCCGAGUACCAGCCCAUUCCAGACUCUGCCGAGAAUGGCCAUUACGAACCCUCUCUGCAAAGGGUUGACAGUCAGUCUAUUAAGGCCGGAGGUGAAGACGUCCACAACCGUCUCAUGAAACGUUAUCAAGACGUUCCAAUGACAUGGUAUGCCCUGACCUUCGUCACCAUGUUGGGCGUCGGUAUCUUUGUUGUUGAGUACUAUCCGGUCCAUCUCCCCUGGUACGGCCUUCUUAUGGCUCUUGGCAUCACCACCGUUCUCUUUGUCCCCGUCGGUAUUGUCAUGGCCAUCACCAAUCAACACAGUAGCCUCUACCUAAUUUGCCAGCUGAUCUGUGGCGUGGUCUUUCCUGGCCGUCCGGUGGCCAAUAUGGUCUUCGUGACCUACUGCUACAUCUCCUCCGCACAAGGUAUCAAGUUCUCCUCGGACUUGAAACUAGGACACUAUAUGAAGAUUCCACCAAAACUGCUCUUCAAAGUCCAAAUGGUGGCCACCUUGGUUUCCAGCCUGGUACAAAUUACAGUGCUCAACUGGAUGUUCAUCAAUAUCCCCGGCAUUUGCACCCCGCAAGCAAUCAAUGGGUUCAACUGUCCAAUUGCCCGUGUUCACUUCAACGGGAGCAUCCUCUGGGGUGUUGUUGGACCACAACGCUUUUUCGGUCCUGGUGCACUCUACCGACACCUGGUAUGGGCUUUCCUCAUCGGCUUCAUCGCACCGAUACUUGUUUGGUUAGUGGGAAGGAAGACCGCGAAGAAGUCCGUCUGGCGCAGGAUCAAUCUCCCUGUCCUUUUCGGCUCUCUUUCCUGGAUCCCGCCUGCAACUGGGUUGAAUUUUUCGGUGUGGGCCGUGGUAUGUUUUAUGUUCAAUGGCCUUGUGAGACGAAGGGCCCCAGGCUGGUGGGGCAAAUACACCAUGACCAUGUCCGCAGCGCUGGAUUCUGGGCUGGCUUUCUCGUUGGUUAUCGUCUUCUUUGGCUUUGUGUAUCCAGGUUGGAUGGAAGGGUUCAAGUGGUGGGGUACUGAGGUCUACAAGAGGGGGUGUGACUGGCAGGCGUGUCCAUGGUUGAAGUUGAAGCCUGGAGAGAAAUUCGGGCCGUGAUUAAGGCAUGGAGUGCCUUGAAAAAGGAUGCUUCUGGACAAGAACGAAACAAAUCCCUUGACAUCUCGUCAAAUCACAAUGGAAGAACAGAGGGAAAUCUGGGAAUCAGAGACCAAACCGAGACGGUAUCCUGAUUCAGCAGCAAAUACCGAAGCCGGAUGGGAUUACCGAGAUUUGUUAUUAGGGAGAGACCCGAAUUAUGCUAUGGCCACUCGGCCAACUCGAUAUGCGAGAAGCAGCUAGAGAUGUGAGUGAUGGUCAAUCAUCUCGCUCUCUCUCAUAGCAUUGUGAAGGCAGAAAUAAGGGAGAACGGCGGGUUGGAUAUCAGAGAGAAGGGACCCAGCGGGCGGGAUUCCAUGGUCUGAAUCCGUGACAUGAAGUUGCGACGAGCGACGAAGCGAUUGUUAUCUUCACACUUUCUCUUUUGGAUUCCCCUAUCAAGCAAUCAAUGAUAGAGAAGUUCGCGCUCGGGCGUGUUUCUUCAGCUUUUUCUCGAAUAGAGUUCACAAUACAGAACUGCUUCGUUCCGA